UUCAGAUGGUUUGUUACCGUUACAUUUACAAAAUUCAGAAUGAGUAAUAAAAUUAAAUCUCUGCGCACACUUAUGAGAAUUCAUAUUCAUUGUACUUUGCAAUUGGAGCUGCAACAGUAUUAAAUCUACAGACUAUAUCAUUGAACUGCCAAGGCUGCUCUAUUGAGCUGCUGGAACUGCACCGUUGAGCGAUCGAACGCAUCUCAAUAUCUUCCAUCGCCUGAAAUGAUAUUGCGGUGUAAUUAUUGUUUUAAAAAAAAUUAUACAAAGCUACUCACACUGCGAUUGAUGACAAUCAUUGAAAUAUUCUCCCAAAACCGGCAAUUUUACAAAAUAAUUUCACUCACUUCAAAUCUGACCGAUAGUUUCUGCGAUGCAACACACAAAAUUUUUUCACCCAACAGCAACUUAUUGAAAUAAACUACACUGUUGAGUGAAAACUACUCAAUCGAUACAGUACUUUUCACCCAACAAUAAUUAAAAACAUGCUUAAUUACUUCAUGUUAGGUGAAUUUAAGUCAACCGUUGGGUUUUUUUUUGGCAGCGUGUACCUCUAGCAAGCUACGCAUAAGACUGAAACGUUAGCUAUAAUUUCGCUUCUAUUUGUAGAUUCGCGUGCUUCCAACAGCUUUGCUUUUGCUUCGAUUGACCAAUCAGAGCGCUGCUUUCCCUUUGAUAUAUCGCUUACUCCUUCAAAACCGUCGACUAUGGCAGGGAAAUCCGGUAUGCUGGAGAUUUUUAGCAGACAAAUAGGACACUGCUAGCUAUUGAUCAACAUUUCAAUGAUAUAAAAUUAAAAAUGAAUGGCUAUGAACAUUCAAAUCAAUACGUAGGAAUAUUUCCAAUCAAAUGGUGACAUAAUAUUAAUAAUUGAUACAAAAUUGACUGAGCUGUAAUUGUUCAAAACCUGACCACAUUUCUACGUGUAUUUUUCUUGAGUUUCUAGUUGACACCGCUAUAUAGAAAACAUAAAUGUGUUCCACAUUAAAAAUAGAACGGCAUCGUAAACCAGUUUUAAAUUUGACAGAAGAACUGAUCGAAUAAACAAAACUAGAACUGCUUGCUGGGGAUACGUUUAUUCCAGUUUAUGUUCUAUUAUAGAUCUUUCAUAUAGAACUUCUAGCUGCUGAAUUUACUCUUAUAAUGUAAAAAAAGUUUGAAUAAAUUUGCUGUUUUUUUAUUCAGAUUAUCCCCUACUCUCGCCUUAACCAUUGUCGUCUGGUGAGCAGCAUAACACUUUACCCUAUUCUUUUUUGAUAGUUUGCCAACAAUUCUCCUUUCAAGUCAAUGUUGACUGUUCGCUUAUUAGGCGUUAUCACCCAAAACGCCAGAUGUUUUCAUACUACUAGUGAGAAGACGUGCUCACAAAUUGGCAACUGGACCGGAAGUGAUCUUUCGCACCACAAAUAAUUAUUCCACAAACACCAGAUUGCAAAACAUCUUAUGUCGUUUUCGCUUGAUACCAAACCUAACCCAGUUUCCACCCUAACUGCUGUCAAACCGUUUGUUUGAAGCUAGUUUCGAACCUAGUUUUAACGUUGUUGAACUGAAAAUCGAGUCAGUUUCGAACCUGGUUGUUAUAUCAGGUUUGCUCAAACCGCCGUUGCUAAGCGCGAAAACAACACAGUUUCGUGAAAAGUGUUUGUUUGAAGAAACUACCCUGGGUCAGUUUCAGUGUUCUCAAGCGAAAACGACAUUAGUGAGCUACGCCUUUUCGUUGACAGUUAACCGCGAUUUGGAAACAACGAUUUGUAUUUCGCUAACAGAAAAUCUGAAAUGGAAGUUCUAUCUGAAAAUGGUUUUCAUCGAGAUGUUAAUCUAUUCAAUACUGUGUAUUAUCCUACGGAUUUGAUGUUGUAUUUCGAAAAAUAUCACAUUUUCGAAAUUUUAUUUGUAACAAAACCAAAAAUUAUUUUUAUGUGCAUGUAAUUGUUAAUAACAUAUCAUCUUUUUGAAGGAAUUGACUAUCCUUAUGGGUCAAAAGCGUCCACAAAAUAUUUACGACUUCAUGGUGAAGAAUCUGUGGAAAAUAUCUGCUAAAUACAAGAGUGUAACCGUCUCCGUGAAACUAGAUCAUAAUUCUCAAUAUGAGAAGUUCGUCAAAGUUUGCAGUCGUGUUCUAAAAGCCCCAAUUAUUCAAAUCAACCGACCAGGGCUUAGAAAGGGUUUAAAUAAGCUGCCCAACACAUUGCAAAGAUUUCGUUUGAGCAACAAAAAUAUAAUUUUCAUGGAUAAAGGUGAUAUUGAAAACUCAAAACGACUUCUUAAAGAUUUCCAUGUACACCAACACAUCGAUCUAGUAAAAAACGAUGAGCUUCAAACUAAACAAAAUUGGCGGACGAUUUUACCUACUGCAACAGAUUUGAGAAACACUAUUAAAUUAAUCAAUCGGAAUCCAAAUCAUUUCAAGGUGAAAUAUAUACAACGAAUCGUUUUACUCGGUAGACUCGGAUCAGGAACACAUCGCUUUGCUCGAAUGUUGGCUAAUCGCUUGGAUCUUGUUCUUGUUUCAACUAAAAGUCUGGUGGAUGGAGCCAGGCAGAAAUCGAUUUAUUUCAAGAAAACUUUGGAGAUCGGACUUGAUGACAACGUGCACACUUCCGAACUGAUUACAUCGAUCGUGGAAAAAAGAUUACUGGAACCGGAUUGUCAACGAUUCGGUUGGAUACUUGUUGACUUUCCUAGUACAGCUGAAGAUGUUGAAAAUUUUUUUCGUUUGCUGAUAGCCCCCCAAAAAGUAAUAUACAUACACGCUAACGAACGUCUUUGUUGGAAACGGAAAAUGAAUCAAAUAGAUAGUAAGCAAUCAUCGAAGCACAGCAGAACCAUAUUGGAGUCUGUUAUGCGAGCUGAGUUCAACUACUUCAACGUUCAUCAACCAGGAUUGAUCGCAGCACUGGAAAAACAAGAUUGUGUCUUGCUAGAUAUCAAUGGAAAUAAUAAAACCCAGAUUGUAUACAAAGAUAUAAUCAAAAAACUCAAUGUACAUGAGAUCAAUAACAGCUAAAUUAAAAUGGGAUAGAUUUUUUGGUAUUAUUUUUGGACUUAUCGUGUCAUUUCUCAAUGGCUGUAGUACACGGAAAACCACCGAAUCACAAAAAUGCAAUAUUGAUGUUCACUCCUCUGGCUGUUUCAAAUAAAAAAUAUGGAUACAACUUACGUAUCUAUUGAUUUUCCCUCCCGUGGUUGUUGGGCUUGACGGUAUUGCAAACAUCAUCAGAUACAAUCAAUUAUCGUUACAAUUUGAUAAAGAAAUGUGUUACAGCUUUUAGCUUCAUUAUUGAGCUAAAUGAUUAAGUUAUGGAACGACUUGAAUAAGAUGUUGAUUACAUUACGCUCCAACAUCCGGGGUUGGAGAGGCCGGUAUGUUAAGUUACCUGAACUCUGUUUCAUGUUUCAUUUUCAUACUACCGGCCCUUAUUACCAGUGUGAAGUGGAAAUUAAGUGAAGUGAACGUAUCCCAAUUGAGUUUCACACGAUGACAGCAGAUGAACGGUAAAUCAAGUUCAUCUUUGACGUUUAUUGAUAGUUUGUGUGCCAUAUAAUACAGUGGAAUGAGAUGUAAUAUUGUGAAAUAGAAUAAAAUAAUAUAGACUGAACAUGUGAGCAAACCACUGAUAGCUGUCAAACGAUGCUCAUCCAGUUCAUUUUGUAAAGAUGUCGGAUGGGUGAGUUGAUGUGUGAGUGAAAUGUAAGAGGAAGUGCAUUCAAAAACGGUAAUAAAGUCCACCGAUUCAGCUCAGGACCAACGAGUCAUCUCAUAUACGAAAACUAUUAGUUAGAGUAAGAUCUGUUGUUUCUGUUCGAUAGAUUGACUUCAAGAGUGAAAGUAAAUUAGGAGCAUUCGUGUCGAGUUUUCACGUCGCUAUAAUAUCAGUAUUGAAAUUCUCGAACUACUUUUUCUGCGGUAUUGCUUUACAAAACCGAAACAAAAAUAUUGUAUUCGGUUUUAUCAUAAUUCAUUGAUUGAAAGAUAAUCGGUAAAAUAACAUGGUGAUUCUACUAAUGAGAUGACUAUUUGUACAUUAACCCUAGUAAAACUCUAUUAGAAUAGAAAUAGUAACUCAAUGUUACGAUGUUUAUAUGUGUGUAUAUACGUAUAUGCAUGUGUGUAUGUAUGUAUGUAUGUAUGUAUUUAUUUAUGUAUGUUUGUAUGUAUGUAUGUAGGCAGGGUUUUUUCACUUCUCUAUAAAGGACACGCUAAUGAACAAUUUUUUGUAUCUCGUCCACCUGUUUCAUACUUUAAAAACAUAAUGUUUUAGUAAAAUAGAAUAGCAGAACUUUUAAUCAGUUUUCAUUGUUAUGAAAUAGUAACUUUUGUUCACUAAAUUCAUAAAUUCAUAAGACACAAACAUGAACACACUUAACAACAAUUUUAAAAAAUCUGUUUGAAUCAGCACAAAAAAAAACAGUACCCAAGUGGGCACCAUAGCCUAGGAACGUCUGGUUGUUGAUUUAAAAUAGAAAUAUCAGUGUUUAUGUCACAUACUUGGCAUCAUUUCUCAAAACAAGCGCUUGACAUUUGAUAUUUGUAUGAGUAGAGUGAUGCAAAUCUAAAAAAACCCUUCUUACUCCACUAAGUGGAAUUUUCAUAGAUCUUGAAAAAUCACCAUAAAGGGGGGAGGGUGUAUACAUGAAAUUUCCGAAAUCGAAAAAAAAAUUGAUGCCAAAAAUCUCAGAAUUGCAUGAAACGUCGAGAUUUAGUGUCAUCUCGAAAAAAAAUUUUUUUUUGAAAAAAUCGACUUUCUGGGACUCAAAUCAAGUCUCAAUCAGGUCCAGAAAGUCGAUAUUUAAGA